AUGGCCUUUUCUACUGAAAAUGAUGCAUUGUUGGAUGCUAUGAUAGACUUGGGGGAGAUUGAUGAAUUUUCUCAUAACACAGAAUUGGCUGUGCAUAAAGAAAUUAUUGAAAUUAAAGCUAUUGCCCUUAAAGCUGAUUCAGCAUGUGUUCCUGUGCUUUCUGCAAACUUAUUAGACCAAUCAUCUGUUGAACUUCCUGUGCACCCCCCUGUCUUGGAUGUGCUUUCUACAAUGUCCACUAAUGCUGGUUCUGAAAUAGUUGCAUGCAAUUCUCAAUUGCCCAAUAUGCCUUUACCAAAAUUUGAUGGCGAACUACGCAAUUGGCCAGAUUUUCGUGACCGUUUCAAGUCCUUAGUCGAUAAGCGACCUACACUCUCAAAUGUUGACAAAUUCUAUUAUUUGUUAAGCUGUCUCCAAGGGGAUCCUUCUGAAUUGUUAAAAGGGAUUACUGUAUCAGAUGAAACCUAUGCUAUUGCUUGGUCUACAUUAGUUGAUCAAUAUGAUAAACCUAGGCAACUAGCUGCUAGCAUUAUUGAGAAUAUGUUAAAAGCCUCUAUUGGCACUUCAGAAAAUGUUGCUAGCCUUAGACAGUUUAUUCAUACAUUUGAUGAAGGUAUUGCUACACUAUUGUUCAUGAGGAUACCAGAUCUCGGUUCAUUUCUUCUAUUUUCUAUUGCAGCUCGGUGUUUACCUACUCAUAGUAGACGGUUAUUUGAAGCAGAAAAUAGUCUAGAGUAUCCAGUGGUUCAGGAUAUCAUUAAAUUUGUUAAAAAUCGAAUCAAAAUUUUAGAAAAUGCCGGGAUAGCUCCUUCUAAUUCAGGGGUCUCUAAAAAACCAGUUGGUAAUUUUGCUCAAAAACCGAAUUACCAGUCACAGCAUGAGAAACGUGUUGCUUUCCUUUCAACUGCUAAGGGUCAGCGACUCCCUAUACAAAAACCAGCCAGCUCAGGUAAAUGUUUUUGCUGCUCAGCUUACCAUGUUCUUCAAGAUUGUCCACAAUUUAAUAAGCUGUCUAUUGAUGAACGGUAUGAUAUUGCUUGUAAACAUAGAUUGUGCCUUGUCUGUUUUGCUGAGGGUCAUAUGUCGUAUAAAUGUCCAUCAGCAUGCUCGAUCUGUUCUCGCCGCCAUCAUGCUCUUUUACACAGAGACCAGCCUCGGUCACAACCAGUUGCUGGACCAUCUCAAGCAGCCAUGUUAGGAAGACUUCAAAUACCUUCUAUACUAUUAGGUACUGCCAUAAUUUGUGUUCAGGACAUAGCCGGUAAUAAUCACUUAAUUCGAGCUUUAAUUGAUCCUGGCUCUCAGAUCACCGCUCUAACAUUAAAUUGUUGUAACAAACUCGGCUUUCGGCCAUCUCGUUGGACUAUUCCUGUUACUGGUUUAUCUAGCCAAAAGAUUCCAGAUAUAAGUGGUUCUGUAGAAGUACUUAUUGGACCAAAAGAUAUACAGUCUCCUAAAAUUAAAAUUAAAGCGUGGGUUAUUAGCUCAAUAACUACAAAUAUGCCAUCUCAACAGUUACCAUCUCAAGUUCGGGCUGAAUGUAAACACUUAUCUCUGGCCGACCCAUCAUUUGAUACACCAGCUCCUGUUGAUCUACUUUUAGGUGCAGAUAUAUUCCCACAGAUAUGGAAUAAUGAUAAUAUUCAGUUANAUUAA